AUGUCGCGGCGCGCCCCCAACCCCGCCGCCGAGCGUGCGGCCCAAAACACCCAGACGCUCAAGAGUCUGGUCAAGCUCGAGGCCAACAAGAGCUGCGCCGACUGCAAAAGGAACAAGCACCCGCGAUGGGCCAGCUGGAACCUGGGAGUAUUCGUCUGCAUCCGAUGCUCCGGAAUUCACAGAGGCAUGGGCACCCAUAUCAGCAGGGUCAAGUCGGUCGACUUGGACUCGUGGACCGACGAGCAGCUGCAGAGCAUGCUGCGGUGGGGCAAUGCCAGGGCGAACAAGUACUGGGAGGCAAAGCUGGCACCUGGCCACAUCCCCUCCGAGUCCAAGAUCGAGAACUUUAUCCGCACCAAGUACGAUUCCAAGCGCUGGGUCAUGGACGGGCCGAUGCCUGAUCCUGCGACCCUGGAUACCGAAGGCGACGAUGAUGUGCCGUUGAACGUCGUGCAGGAGAAGGCCAAGCUGGAGCGUUCUACUUCCCAGCGUGCUGCUGCGUCGGCCAGCCACGCUGCUCCUCCUCCCGCAAGGAAGCAGCCUACCAUGGACAUCUUCGGCGACGACCCGCCGCCCUCGCGCCCGAGCACUGGCCCACCCUCCGCAAGGGCACCACCUCCGCAGAAGACAGAACCCGCUCCGCCCAAACAGACUAAGCCUGGAGAUUCGCUUUUGGGAUUGGACUUCUUUGGCUCUUCGCCUUCAAGCACACCUGCCCGUCCUGCGAGCACCACUGGUUCAGCUCCAGCUGCCCAGUCUCGUCCCGACCUGAAGCAGUCCAUUCUUUCACUUUACGCCGCAAAGCCGGCUGCUACGCCUGCUGUCAGGCACCACCACACGGGCUCUGGGUCUUUUGGUGGACUCGGUUCCCCUGGUCUUGGAUCCCCCGGGAUUCAACAGUCGCCCACUGCGGCUCAGCCUGCGGGUGGCGGGUUUGGUGGUGGCUUUGGCGGCAUGAAUGACGCUUUCAGCAGCCUGAGCUUCUCCAACACCACUCCUCAGGCCCCUAAGCCUUCUCCUUUCGCCGAUCUGAUGAGCGCCACGCCCAAAUCUGCUUCAUCGAACCACACUCCGUCUGGGUCCAGGUCUGGCCUUGGCUCUUUCGGCAACGGCGGCAGCUUCUUCGAUGCGCCCAAGCCAGCAGCUCCCCAAGCCCAGCGCACCGGAAGCUUUGGCAGCAACUUUGGCGGCUUUGCCUCCGCCACUUCCCCUGCCGCUGCCGCUCCCCCCAAGCCCGCCGCCAACAACUCGGGCGAUCUAUUCAGCCUGGACUUCGGCGCUCCGGCCGCCGCUCCCUCCAAGCCGGCGGCCAUGGCCUCUCCCGCCACCAGCUCGGCCUUCAACCUCUCUUCCCCCAUGGCGCCCAGCCAGCCCGCCCAGCAGCAGCCCGGGCAGUCCGUCAACUACGCCUCCGGGCUCGGCGGCAUGGGCGAUCCCUGGGGAUCCAACGACGUCUGGGGCUCUUCCAACGCCGCCCCCGCCGCCGCUGCUCCCGCCGCCGCCGCCCCCGCUCCUCCUGCAAUGACCGCCACCACGGCCAGCGCGGCCCCUGCUGCUUCUGCUUCGUCCGGCUGGGGUAGCGCUUCCACGCCCGCGGUGGCGCAGGACGACGAUUUUGGCGGGUGGAGCAGCGCUCCUGCGCCCGCGCCGGCCGCGUCCAACCAGUCUGCCUCCAAGCCGGUCUCUGGCAUGGGUGGUGAUCUAUUCGACAAUCCGUGGUAG